AUGAACCCCACCGAUCCCGGCCGCCGCGCCGGUGACCCAAGUUCUCCCUUCGACUUUGGCGUGCUGCCCGUCGUCGCUCCCGACUCGGACAGGAACCCACGCACCAACGCCGCAACAGCCGCCACAGCUGCAGGUGUGCGCGCCUUUACGGCCCAGGCCAUCGCCUUCUACUUCAGGGCGCCAGUCAAGGCCUUCUUCCGCACUCGCGUCGACUACCUCGCCUACGCGCGGAACCUGCAGCAGCAACAACAGCCGCACAACUACCUGCUAGCCAGCCUGUCCAACGCCCAAGAUGCCGGCAAGCAGACAUGGGGCCAGUGGCUUCGCUCUGUGGGCUCACGUACGACACCGGGGAUUCUUGCCUCCGCGGUGAAGCAUCAUGGAUGGCGCAUCAUCCCGGAUCAGGUCCUCCCCCCUCUGAUUGCUAACGUCGGCGUUGGCGCCGUGCUGUACACGAGCUAUCUGCAGAUCCUCGGCCGCUUGCACGAGGAAAGCAGCAGAGCUACCAAGAGGGUCUACCCUCCCCCAUCGCCCGGCGACACCUUUACGGCAGGCCUCCUCGCCGGGUCUAUCCAGAGCGUCGCUGCUGCACCGCUAGACGCGAUUCAGGCGAGGUUCGAGCGGGGAGGCAAGGGGCCUGAGAUGAUCAGCGACUCCAACGGUCGACCACAGAGUAUGUGGUCUUUCAGCUACGCGAAGCUUCGAGAGAUUGGGCUGCGAGGCAUGUUUGCUGGGUGGGGUCUGUCCUUUGCCAAGGACAGCCUGGGGAGCGGAGUGUUCUUUUGUACUUUCGAGUAUAUUAAGGCGCAAUCGUACUAUUCCUUCGUCGCGUGGUACUAUGGUCAGCUCAGUGAGGAUGUAGUGAACGUCCUAUCAAGAAGACGACCCACAGACGGGAAAGACAAUCAGCGGCUCAAGACCAUCCAGCCCCAUUACGCAAUCGAGCCUGCUUUCCUCAUGCUUGCCGGAAUGGGGGCAUCCAUUGCCCAGCAAGUAAUCAUCCACCCGCUCACGCAUGUCCAAAUGGAGCACUGGGAACACCUUGAGUAUCUCGACUCACAGUCACGCAAGUACCGCAAGUACCAGAACUCAAAAGCUCCGGGGGAGAAGUGGCGCUGGAAAAUGUUCCGCGCCUACUAUCACGCAUACAAGGAAACUUGGUCCAAGUGCGUCGAAGAAAGCAAGUCACAGGAGGGUAACGGACCCAACGCACUGAGACGUUGGUUAUUCCGGGGAUUCUGGUGGAAUGCGCUGCGACAAGUGCCCUCGACGAGCGCGGGGCUGGUCAUUUUUGAGUUGGUAAGGCGCAAGUACGGGAUGGGGGGCGACGCUGUUCGGAUCAACAGAGACGGGUACGAUAUUCUGCUCACUUAG